UUUGUUAUUGUAUCGUGAUUGUAAUAUAAUUUUAACUGGUUUUUAUUAACUUUUUUAGAUGUAACAAUAAUGAGUUUGGAUCUGAAAUUACGCCCCAUUGUUGAUAUAAGAAAAUGCAAAUUCAACACCGAAAACUUUCCUACCAAAUCAUCCGAUGAACAAAUCUGUGUAGAACAAGCAGUCCAAAAGAAGUACGAGGAUUUACACAUAAAAUUGAAGGUGCACCCGAGUCUACCAGAAUUACUCAAAGAACACCACAAGAAUUUUCUGUAUAAUAGCAUCACAUACCUAUCAUCUGGAUAUGAGUGCUUAGAUUCUAGCAGACCAUGGCUAUGUUACUGGAUUUUACACAGUUUGUCUUUGUUGGGUGUUCAGCUGGAUAACAGGAAAAAAAAGUCUGUUGUGAAAUUUCUAUCCAAAUGUCAGAAUGAAGAUGGGGGUUAUGGAGGGGGCCCAGGCCAACUGUCUCACUUAGCAGCCACCUAUGCUGCUGUCAACUCUCUUGUUAUUCUUGGUACUGAGGAGGCAUUGGCCUCUAUCAAUAGACAAAAGCUACAAGAUUUCCUGUUCAGGAUAAGGCAAGUGGACGGUUCCUUUUCAAUGCAUGUGGGAGGCGAAGUUGACAUCAGGGGAGCUUAUUGUGCCCUGUCAGUGGCUAGCCUUACAGGGAUAUUGGUUCCUAAGUUGCUUGAUGGUACUGCCGAAUGGAUAGUGAGUUGUCAAACAUAUGAAGGAGGAUUUGCGGGAUUCCCCGGCAUGGAGGCCCAUGGGGGGUACGCAUUUUGUGGCCUGGCAGCUCUAGUUAUCCUCAACAAAGGUCACUUGAUAGACGAACAAGCUUUACUACGUUGGUUGGUUAAUCGUCAAAUGAGGUUAGAGGGUGGCUUCCAAGGCAGAACAAACAAAUUAGUGGACGGCUGUUACUCCUUCUGGCAAGGGGGCGCAUUUCCACUCCUCUACACUUUACUUAGUAGAGAUGGCAAAUUUCCUCCCAAUCAUAUUUUUGAGGAAAGAGCGCUUCAGGAGUACCUUCUCGUUUGCUGUCAAAGCCCAGCGGGGGGCUUGCUGGACAAGCCAGGCAAGAAUCGAGACAUUUAUCACACCUGCUACACUCUCAGUGGUUUGUCGGUAGCACAACACUAUAGGGGCAUCUCGAUUUUGGGGUCCAAAAGAAAUGCAGUGAUGCCGACACAUUCCUUGUACAAUAUCACGCCGGAUUUGGCACGAAAGGCCCUACUAUACUUCAGUAGCUUAGGUUUGCCGAAUAAAGGGACCAGCGACACGUGACAGCUAGCGAACAGUUUCGUGGGAAAAGUGAGCCUGUUCGAUAUUAUACCCGCGAUAGGAUACCUGAUCCAGGUUGUGUUGAGGUCGUGCCUGAGAAAAUUAUUUUAAAUAGGUCUUAACCAAUUGGAUGAUUUUGGCAAAAAUGAUCUUAUAUGAUUAAUGCACUUGCACAGGGAAUGAAAGGUCGGAAAUCACACUAAUGAGGGAUUAAGAGGAAAUACUGGCAUUUUUUCUUAAACACUAUAGGAACGCUUUCAAAGCACCUCACUUUUGGGUGCAGAAAACAAUAUGAUAACCACCCAUAUCAUUCAGCAAAGUUGACAUUUUGACUGGUCUUUCAUUAUUUUAGUUCGAGUAUUUCCAUCCUUCGAAAAAUUGUCAAAAAAGAGAAAAAUUCGGAGUAAUGCACUUAGUGUGAAGUGUUAGUUUAAUUUUAGAAUCUUUUUGUUCUUUCUUUUCUCCAUUCCACUUGAUGAUUUCUAUAUUAUGUAAGGUCAUUUUACUCAGAUACAUCUAUUAGUGAGAAUUUUACAAGGGACAGGAACAUAUUAUGACCCUUUUGAUCAUUUUGUAAAGUUUUAAUAUAAGAAUAUUUACAUUUUACUUGGAAAAUAUCAACCUUCGAGAUUUUUUAAUUAUGGUUUUAUGAAGUUGUUUUUGAGAGUUGAAAUAUAUAGGUACGUAAAAUGAA